UCUUCUCAGGAUGUCAGACACGUCUCGUAACUCAAACAUGGAGGGGAUGGUUUACUAUGAUAGAGGUCAAACCGAUCUGUGAUUCGUGUUUAUCCGCUAUGGUAAAUGAGACGUGAAUUUGUUUGGAAAUGGUUGAUAAUUAAAAUCAGAGCAUAGCACGACUACAUAAGUCAGUAAGGACACACGCAGAGUAGGCUAUCCUCGAUGUUGCAUAACUUUUACUUCCAUGUAUCUGAAGUUGGACGCCAGGAUUUGAGCGCUAUGUGGUACUUUCGCGAUAUUUUUGGCCAUAUAUGGCAAUCGCCGUUUAUUUUGUUGGCGUUCUGGACGGCACCUGCGUUCCUGCAUCCGCAGUGUUUGGAUUUUAAACCUCCCUUUCAGCCUCAACAAGAACUUCAGUUCUGUCAAAUGUAUAAAUACUUCGGCUGCUGUGACUAUGCCAGAGACCAAGAGCUGAUGGCAAAAUACUAUAGGAUAAUGGAUAACUUCGAUUAUUAUGGAUUUUCGAAAUGUGCAGCAUAUGUUCUAGAUCUGUUCUGUCAGGAAUGCUCUCCAUACGCUGCUCACCUUUUUGACGCUGAAGACCCCAGCACGCCGUUACGGACCAUACCUGGACUCUGCCCGUACUACUGCUCUCAAUUCCAUUCCAAGUGCAGAUCCUUUCUUACCUUGUUGUCUGAUGAUCCACGUCUUCCAGAAUUUGCGCAUGACCAGCGCAGACUUUGUCAGUACCUCGAGCUGGAUGACCCAGACUACUGCUAUCCUCAUCUGCUGAACAAUGAACGGUUGACUAAAAAUCUGGGCCGCACCACAGCAGACUCCGACGGUUGCUUGCAGCUGUGUUUGGAGGAGGUUGCCAAUGGACUCAGAAAUCCUCUUGCCAUGGUUCAUGCCAAUGAUGGCACCCACAGGUUUUUCAUUGCUGAACAAGUUGGACAGGUCUGGGUUUAUCUUCCAGAUCGAUCAAAGCUUGAAAAGCCAUUUCUAAACAUAACAAAGGCUGUGUUGACAUCUCCAUGGGAAGGUGAUGAAAGAGGCUUUUUGGGACUCACCUUUCACCCUGACUUUAAAAACAAUGGGAAGCUGUAUGUUUACUACUCUGUUGAGGUGGGCAUUGAUGAGAGAAUCCGUAUCAGUGAGUUCCGUAUCUCUUCUACAGAUAUGAACGAGGUUGACCAUGGUUCAGAAAGAAUAAUUUUGGAGAUCGAUGAACCUGCUUCUAAUCACAAUGGUGGACAGCUUCUCUUCGCCGAUGAUGGAUACUUAUAUAUCUUUACUGGGGAUGGUGGAAUGGCAGGAGAUCCAUUUGGGAAAUUCGGAAAUGCACAGAACAAAUCUGCCCUUUUGGGAAAGGUUCUACGCAUUGAUGUAGAUGACAAUGAAAGGGGGCCACUGUAUAGAAUACCACCGGACAAUCCGUUUGUGGAUGAACACAAUGCUCGCCCUGAGGUGUUUGCCUAUGGGGUGAGGAACAUGUGGAGGUGCUCAGUAGACAGAGGAGAUCCGAUAACCAAGGAAGGAAAAGGACGAAUCUUUUGUGGGGAUGUGGGCCAGAAUAAGUAUGAAGAAGUAGACAUUGUGGAGAAGGGACGGAAUUAUGGCUGGAGGGCAAAAGAGGGCUUCUCUUGUUACGACAAAAAACUCUGUGCCAACAGCUCCUUAGAUGAUGUUCUUCCAAUUUACGCAUAUCCACACAAAAUGGGUAAAUCUGUCACAGGUGGAUAUGUUUACAGAGGCUGUGAAAAUCCAAAUUUAAAUGGCAUGUACAUAUUUGGAGACUUCAUAAGCGGACGCCUGAUGAGUUUAAAGGAAAACAGAAACUCACGCAGUUGGGAAUACAGUGAGAUUUGCAUGGGGGUUGGUCUCACUUGUUCAUUUCCAAGGCUCAUCAACAAUUACUAUCCAUACAUCAUUUCGUUUGCAGAGGAUGAAGCAGGUGAACUCUAUUUCAUGUCUACUGAAAUACCUAGUGCGGAAUCUCCUACAGGUGUUGUGUACAAGAUUGUUGAUCCCUCAAGACGUGCAUCCCCAGGAAAAUGUCAUUAUGAGCCACUUUCAGUUCGUGUAAGGAGCAAUCUCAUACAAUUCAAGCCAAAGGAAACACUAAUAGGAGUCCAUGUUCCAACAAAGCAUCCCAGACUCUCAAAUCCAGAGGUACGUUCUGAUAACCCCCAAAUAACCCCCACACCAUUCACCCCAACUACAUCCAAGCCCCUCAGGACAUCCAGGCGGAGGAAAGGUAGACGCAGGAAGACCAAGCACAAGAAUGGAGCAGUGAGGUUGGUUGGGGAUGCAGAGGGUCGGAGGGAUCGGGGAAGGGUGGAAGUAUAUGUCAGUGGGGAAUGGGGGACCAUUUGUGAUGAUCUCUGGAAUACCAAGAAUGCCAUAGUGGUUUGCCGGCAGCUCGGGUUCCACCAUGCACUUAAGGCUGCCAAGCACGCUGAAUUUGGAGAGGGAACGAGCCUAAAGAUUAUUUUGGAUGAUGUGCAGUGUAAGGGGACAGAGGAAACUCUCUUGGCCUGUCAGCACGCUGGGAUUGGUACACACAACUGUGCUCACUACGAAGAUGCUGGAGUGAUAUGUGGAUAUUCAGUUUAAGGCCUGGAGUAAUCUGAAAAGUUCUGAGACAACCUUUUUGUUAUUAGUUGUAGCACAUAGGUCUACCUUAUCUUUACAAUACAGAAGACAUAUGGCCUAUAAUAAAA